AUGGGCAUCGCCAUGUUGUCAAAAUCUCUACCAAACGCGGAGGCCGCACAGUGGAACAAACAGCUCAUGCUUGAGUUUCAGGUUGCGUUGCAGGAAGACCCUGCAAUAGACCUGAUAUCUAUGUUUCCUGACUUUUAUGUUCAUGAGCACCGAAACGCUCAAUAUGGUCAACUGUCCUAUCCUGCGAAGAUCAACCUUCGGCUUAUGGAGAACCUCCAAGAUACUCUGACACACGAACCGGAAGUCAACCUGCUAUCAGUGUUCCCAAAAAUCUAUUCUCGUAGAAUCGAAAUGGCGGCAGGACCAAAAAGUGACAGAGAACAGGAGCACCUCGAAGAUUCGCCCCCUGAGUUCAGGACUCGACUCGACCAGGCGGAGAAUGCUAUAGUGGUCUAUCCAUUGUCCAAAGAGGUGACCACUUUGCUUGCUCAAUUUUCAGGGCCAGCAGAUGAGACGACUACUGUUGAAUGUUCGCUUACGUUGCCCCUAAAAAGACUACUUUGGGCCUCAAAGAAGCUCUGGGAGAGCCCUGUCAGAGGUGUGGUAGUUAAGUGUGAUGAAAAUAUUAUCGCAAAAGUUGUGACUGAAAACGACAAUUACACGGAGUACACGAGCAUGCGAUACCUUAUGGAUCAGCCGCCCGAUAUUCCUGCCCCAUGGGGCACUACCUUGGCCCAAGCGUGGCCUAGCCUACUACACGAGAAGAAACUCUCGAUACAACGCCAGCUGGACGAUAUCUUCUUACGUUUGCGAACACUCCAACAAGACAACGGUAGCCUGCUUGGUGGAAUCUGCGGAGAGGGAGUUAGAGAGCUUCGCGUUGAUGAAUGCGCUUCAUUCAAAGGUAUCCAUACGACGGCAAAAGAAUUCCACGAUCUCCAAUUUUCAGCUCGUCACCAUGGCAGCACUACCUAUGUUCGUCUCCUUCGUUCUUUUCUAGAGCACGACACUUCGACAUUGACGCGCGGAUCGGUGUUCACACAUGGUGAUGUCAGAACUAGCAAUAUAAUAGUGAAAAAGGAUCUCGAUUCCGGCGGCCAAUACGUUGUGACUGGGAUUAUCGACUGGGAAGAUAGUGGCUUCUAUCCCUUUUACUAUGAAUGCACUGUCCUGACACGCACUCUGAGUCUAGUUGAUGAAGACGACUGGUACCUCUAUCUUCCAGAGAGUAUCUCUCCGUUGAAAUUUCCCGUGCGAUAG